CCUUGUCUGAGUGGUGCCGUCUACGUGGAGCGAGGUUGGGAAUUCCUCGUUCAUCAGUUAACGUCAAGAAGUCGAAAAUGGCGCUCACAGCGACGCUGUGUUUCGCGUUUUGCGGAAUAUUUUUUGGAAUAAUAUCUAAUCUGAUGGCUUUUCCUUCGAAUCCUGUCGAGCUCUUUGGCUUCAAGAAGCAGGUUCGAAGAUGGGCUGACACUUUGGAUUUUAGUUUGGCGGAUUAUGUACGCAUGAAUUCUGGGAUAGAUAAAUUGGUUCAGGAAUAUAACAAAUUUGAAAGUUAUGCUCGGUUCACUCGCGUGGACAGGGAGGGGAUAGCCAAACAAGUAGCCAGUGAUUUGCAAAAACUUUUACAUAGAAAGAUGCAAUUCCUUGAGAAAAAUGUGGCAGCAGCAGAAAGAUUUGCAGCAGCUCAUAAAACCAAUGAUUCAUUAAAGAUCACCGAUGUGGAGUAUGUUGCUGCCAAGAAAGUCAGUGCUAAUGACACAAGGUUCACUUUUAGUCCGCAGUUCAAGCAAAAAGUGGCUGAAAACUUCUCCAGUGUCCAUAUACCAGUGGAGAUAUAUGAAGGAGAUUCAAAAAUUCUGAAUGGCCUGAAAUGGUCGGCGCACUUAGAUGAGAUAUGGAUGGCAAACAGAAAAGAAGAUCCAUCACUCCUUUGGCAAUACUUUGGCAGUCAAGCGGGAUUCAUGAGAACAUUGCCAGCAAGCAAAUGGCGAGGUGAAGGUGUUGACCUGUAUGAUGUUCGAAGAAGAACCUGGUACACACAAGGUUCAAGCUCACCAAAGGAUAUGCUCAUUCUCAUUGACACGAGUGGGAGUGUCCACGGUCAAGCCCUACAGCUGAUGAAGGUGGCUGUUAAAUCAUUACUGGACACACUUGGAGAAAAUGAUUUUGUCAAUGUUGCUUAUUUUAACAAAGAAGUCCACUUCAUAUCAUGUUUUGAUACAUUUGUUCAGGCAAACCACAGAAAUAAACAGUUGUUGAAUGUCCGUAUAGAUUCACUGGCGGCUGGAGAAAUGGCUAGCUACAACAAAGCUCUUGAGUUUGCAUUUAAACAAUUUAAAAAGUUCCGUCAGACAGCUGUCAAGGGUCAGGGAGCACAGUGCAAUGAAGUCAUUAUGCUGUUGACGGAUGGUGGUACAGAGAUGCCAGAAGACGUCUUCAAGAAGUACAACUGGCCAAAAAUGGAUACUGCACAAAAUCAUAAAAGUAAUGAUGCAAAGGUUCGAGUGUUCACAUACGCUGUCGGUCCAACAGCCACUCCACUGGCUGCUGUGAAGUGGAUGGCAUGUUCAAAUAGAGGUUAUUUUUCACGUAUUCCUGCAAUGGGUGCCAUUAGAACAAAAGUGCAAGACUAUGGGCCAGUAGUUGCCAGACCCUUAGUGUUGGCAGGUUCACGCUACUACCAUUGGAGUAAUAUAUAUUCAGAUGCGCUCUCGGGCAGUUCACAUUCAUUUCAUCAUUCCUCAAAGAAAGGAAACUCCGGCUUGGGCAUGAUGACCACCGUUACCUUACCAGUCUACGACAGAGGUAGCAAUUCAUCUAAUAAUCAGACCAUUUUGGGUGUGAUGGGUAUUGAUGUCACUACGAAAGAGAUGGAGGCCCAUGUUCCAAUAGAAAAGCUUGGACCCAAUGGUUAUGGAUUUUCAAUCAAUGCAAAUGGCUACAUAGUCUUCCAUCCAGAUCUCAAGGCCCAGAAAGGCUGGCUGAAGGACCCUCCCAAUGUUGACUUCCUCGAAAUAGAGGUGGGAAAUGAAGAAAAGGAAGAGCUUCGUAAUGACAUGAUCCAAGCUAAGGCGGGGGAGCAACUUCUUGAGACAUUCGUCAUUGCAAAAGACGAGCUUUAUAUACGUAAGAAGCAGCGAUACUACACACAUCAACCUAUCCCAAACACAACAUUCAGUAUUGGUAUUGUAACUCCAAAAGGAUAUGAAAAAUACAUAACAAUCCGAAAGAGUAUACCAGACGGCACCGAGUACUUGGUGUCCAAUGAUGCAGGGAUACUCAUCGCACCGUGGGACUAUUGUGUUAAUAUAUCAAAGUCCUUAUUUGAGGCAAAUGGGGUGGAUGCGGUGGACAUUCUCAUCAAUGCUACCAAUGAUACACCGAAAAAAUGUGACUCCCCCAUACUCCGCCAUCUCUAUUGGGAUGCCAUGGCCACCAAGGGAAUGGAGCCUGUUUGGAAAGAUAACGAUAAGUUUGAAAAAGAGAUAGAUUCCUUCUUUGCUGCAACAAGUGGUGGUCUCCUGAGGGUUUACCCGAUUAAUGCAACAGGGGAGUAUGAUGUCUACCGAGACCCGCACAAGUCAGCAUAUUUUCACCGCAUUCUGGACGAUCCAGAAUUAACAUUAUUCAUACCACCAUAUAGUACUUCAGUGCCUUCAGAUCCAAAUGCAACAGCACCAGCAAUAAUGGCCGUACGUGCUGCCACUCUCUUUAGGGAAAAGUUCAAAGGAGCCGCUGCGGGUAUUAAAAUCAGGAGUGAGACGAUCAAGAGAAUGUUGCUGUCAGACACCGUCGGAUACUGCAACGAUCAGGACAAGACUGUCUGUUAUCUCAUUGACAAUGGUGGUUUCAUGGUCGCCACUAACCAGGAUGAUAAGGAGAUGAAGAUUGGUCAGUUCUUAGGUCAAGUUGACCCGACGUUGAUGACCUUUCUCUAUAAUGAAAGUGUAUUUGAUAGAGUUAUUCACUAUGAUUACCAAGCGUCAUGUCCUAAAAAAGAUGAUUUACCUAGCGCCGGUCCAAGAUCUAUUUUUAUUCCCUCCAUUCCAUUUUUUGAACUCCUGUCCAUAAACUGGUGGACUAGCAAAGUAGCAUGGGCAUAUGCUAGUUUUAAUGUGUAUAAUUGGCUAUUUGGAGAUCUAAUGUAUACAGGUGUUUAUGCAGCAGACAUGGAUGAAGAAGUAGCAGACAAUGUUAGCUGCAUCACCAGAGGGGCGCACUAUUACUUCACAGAUUUGGGGAAUAACAUUUACCAGUCUACCAUUGAAUGUGAUAAUUGCACGAGGCAAUAUUAUGCAGCUCGACUGCUCAACACUAACUUAAUGUUAGUCAUCACCGAGCCCGAGUGCUUUGAAUGUCAGCAUAUUCCGCCUAUUCAAGCUCCAAAGGAAGAUGGCGGUCCUGAUAUUUGCAAGGUGCGUCCUCGGUACAGGAAGAGGCCAGGGGACUGCCAUAGCUGGGAUGCUGCUGAAAAUACAACGGAUUGUGGUGCUUGUUCGAACGUACGCGGGUCCUUCAUCAUCGUCUUCUUCGUUUCUCUUCUGGCACUCAUAUCCCUACGUGAGACGUGAUAGCUAAUUCCUGCCAAAUAGAUUAGUCAUGAUCAUUUCUGGUGUGCAGUUUGGUAAUGGCAUGGUUACCUCCUAUGGAGCACCAUUUGGUGAAGCGUUGUGCGAUAAUGUGAUAAGGAAUUCCAAGGCCAGUACAUGUUGACAGAUUUUUGUCACUGGGUGUGAAAAAUACCUACAGGUUGGCCUCGAGGCAAAAAUCUGCGAAAAGGAGUUGAUAGUGUGUGGGUAUUUCUCAUUGCAUAAUUUUGGUGUGAAACUUAUUUCUAUUAAACUGAACAAGCUGGCAGUUAAUUGACUCAAUCUACUGGCCAAUCUUGAAUCAUGUUGCCGUUAAUUUUAACCCAAACAAAGUGAAUAAGUACAACUAUGGACAAGACUAAGCUAAUGAAUCUUUUGUCGUGAAUGCAUGCAUCAUUUUUUUAACCCAACCGAUGCCAAACUAGGAGUUUUCAUAAAACCAUGUUCAUAUAUGUAUGUAUCUUAAGUUUUACUCUUUGCACUGUAAUGAAAUUUAUAAUUAUGCAAUGUAAAAAAGUUUGGGUGUAUUGUAUGUAGAUUUCUUCCUCGCACUGGUCCGUGUUGCCAUUUUAGAAUUUCAGGGAUGGUGUUGUCAGCUUUCUUUUUGACUAUCCCCUAAAUAAUGUACCUCCUAAGACACCUCCAUGAAUGGGUAGCAGAAGUUGUAAUUAUUGGUGUCCGUUAAGUUAUUUGAUCUCAGUUAUGUAUUUCGUUUAAAGAAAACCAAUUGGUAUACAUGUGACCGGCAUGACUGAAAAUUGAAAUAAACUGAGUCGCAGUCCAGUAUGAAACUAGACACUUUGAAGAUAUUUUCAAUUCAAAUGACUGCAAAAUUGGUUUGUCAAAGUGGCGACAAGAAUCCCAAUUAAAUCAUGAAUUUUGUCUUCCCACAUCUUCCUGUCUCCCUAAAUAUAGGAAAUAUAUGUUAAUUCCUUCGCAGCAUUGAUCAAUUUGGGUCUUCACUCCCCUCCCCUCCUCUCCUCUCAAAUUAAAUUUUUUAAAAAUAAAUUCUUCCUUUGAAUGAUUUAAAACAUGCGUUUCGUGAAGUGACUUGUACCCAUGGACGGGUUAUUAAGUUCGACUACAGUUCAAACACCCACUAACAUCCGGUUAACCCUUUCGUCCUCUGCAGCGCGUGCAAUGAUUUGUGAGGUGAUUCAAGUUCGUAUACCAUGCAGUUAAAGCCGGAAAUAGUCACGCCCGGAAUCCUUUGGCGGACGUCCAAGGCGGUAACCAAUUGACGCGACAUUAUUGCGUAAGAAGAUAAUUGUGUUGGCAAAAGACUAGUCCAAUCUUUUGUGACUGGUGAAAUUGAGAGUGCACUUCUCCCCUUUAAAAUUCGUUGGAGAAAAAGGCGGGCGGGUCUAUUGUGGGCCGUAACCGGUAGAGUGUUUUUCAUAUCGCUCUGGCCAAAGGUACUUAGUUGAACUCUGGAUUGUAACCAGAUCACAUUUACCAAAAGGUGUUGCACAGGCCAACCAAUGCUGAAAAAACAGAGUAUAGCUCUUUCAUGCUCUCAACUAAAACCGGCUACUCAGGGCUGUGUAACUUGUGAUCACACUAUUACAAUUCAGUGACAAGAGGUCAGCCAAGUACCUUUGGCGAGAUCUAUCUGAAAAAUACUACGUACACUUUCGAUUUGACACCGAAAGGCACUCCUUUCAGUUCCUAUCGCCCAUCGGUUUCACCAGCCACGAAGAUUUCCGGCAAGUCUAUUGCGGCCCGUAACUAUUUGAAUUACCACACUGAUGGUGCAUUAAAAAUUAGAGGACCAGGGAAGCAUGCGUCAUGCAUGUAGUCUGUCUGUUGCCGCUUGCCAUCACCAACACCUACCUACUGAGAUAUAGCAGGCAAGUAAAAAUAAUUUUUUAGUUUUCGUCGCAAUCCACUCCGAUAUUGGCCGCCGCCCCAUCAUAACACAUGGCGUUUUAAAUCCGAUUACACAUGCGCUACCCGUGCUAACAGCAUUUCCGUUAUAUGAGUAAAAAAGCGUUUUUUUGUGAGUUCAUGAAUUCCGAGUGUAUGAUAGUGUUGGUAGAAUAAUCUGGUUCUUUCUUGCUUUUUUAAUGCAGUAGUUAAUGCAAACCCUCUGCAUGUAUCCCCACUAAUAUUGUGUCAGAGAAAUCCGACCAGUAGUUUGCGCUCCAGAGCCCAUAACACAAGGUUCGCAUUGACCGCUGUAUAGACAGUUAUUGUGACAUUAAGAGUGUAUUUUUGAGCCAUUUGCAUUGCGGAGAGUUUAAUUUUACAUUGAUGUUAAUAUGGAAAAAUGUACAUAUAGUAAUUCCUUUUAAACUGGAGCUAUUAGUUAUUAAGUAUCAUCAUUGUUCAGGCGUUCUUUGCAAUUUCAUAAAAAAUAUGAGAAAAAACAUAAAAUUUGUCUCUAUCCAAAAUAUGAAGAAAAAAAAUCAUCUGUAUAUAGUUGUAUAUACGAUUGAGAAGAGUUUUUGAAGUACAAUCAUGAGUGUGUGAUAAUUUGUGAUGAUGCGACAGGAUGAUUUCCUGUGUGUAAUGACAGUGGGGAUUUCUACUGUAUUAAAUCUUCUCAAAAAUCAUCCAAACUGAAGGUGUAUGUUCACCGUCGCUACAAUAACGGGUUGACUAGCUUGGCCCGGAACGAACUCCUUUAUAACUGCGAGGCCUAAGUCCUCCAUCUGUACCAGAGAAAAAGGGGAUUUCAUCACUGGCAUCAUUUAAAUGUAUAGUAUGUUAUACCUCAUAAUCGAAUUGCCAAAAUGACGUCUUAUCAGUGUCCGUGAAAGACUGAAGGUACGGUACAAUGUACGAUGAAUUCCGCGUUUUUUUAUUCCUUUCACGCGCGUUAUCAAUACCGACAUUAUGCAGUUCCGGUAUCCUCCCUCUGGUGCUUGGAGUUUUCUGACGACUAUGUUGUUUCACACUUGCAAAACGAUAACAUGGUAAUCUGUCCCCUGCCGGUACUGUUAUCUGUCGUUACCCGUGAGGUCAGUAUAUCGAAACUGUACUACGAGGAUGAUAGUAUAAUAUGCUGAUGAUAAUACUACUAUACAGCGUGUAUCUAUAAAAAAAUUAUGCUCUUUAAAAAUCUGUGGUUGUAUUGUUCAUUUUUGAACACUUGGAAAAUCUACAGUUAAAUUAAGUAAAGACACUAUCCUCCCAACCAAACCAGUCCUAAAGGCUUGCCAGAUUUACAGGGUGUUGCAAAAUAAACAUCUGCUGUCAAUUCUUUUAAAGUGUGUCAUUUCUAUUGAUACUCUCAUUGUAAAAUAUCUAUUUGUAUAUAAUUUGUUUAACCCAGGAUGUAAAUGACGCUUUUAAAAUAAUUGUUAUCCAAAUCUGUGGCUUUUUAAAAAGGAAAGCUACGGUAUAUGUUUUCAUGUUCUUUGUAUAGAGUGUAUCUUGUAUAGUUUGUGUAUAUAAUGACAUUGUUGACAUGUGUAUAAGUUGAUGACAGUGUACAGUUUGUUUUGACAGUAUAUGUCCAUGACAACGCGAAGCUGAUUGUCGAUCUUUGUACUCACCUGAAUUCCUACUUUAAUGCAAAGUGUGUUAUAAUGGUGGUAUAAGGUCACUAUAUGUAUUUCCUUCGAAAAAUAGAGGUCAGUUCCAUAAUUUUCAAAUCAUGCUGAUUCAGGUAUUUAUCAAGCGUUGGCCAUGAGUUUCAAGUCAUUGGCACUGAAUAAUCUUUUUUUCAGAAAGUCGAUUGCAAAAUUUGAGAUAGUGUUGCGGGUUAAGGAUAGGUUUAACCUAAGUUGAAUUCUGUUUUUGUACUCUUCUUCGGUAACUGAAAAAGGCUGUGACAGGUCUAGAUUUUGUGCUAUGACACGCAAAAAUCAAGUUGUGCGGUUUCAUUGACAAUAUCAGUAGGGAACUGGGCUGAGCUUUCAUAGAGAAUCACAUUGGUAUGUGACUUAUGAAAGGGAGACUUCUGUGCUUUAAAAUGGCAGGUUCUUUUCGUCCAUUCAGUCCUAAGGGUUUGAAUCACAACCUGUGAAAAUUGUACAUCUCUGGAAACUCAGAAUUAUGUCAGUUUGAAUACUACAAUAUAGAAUGUAAUUAACGAACAAAGUCCUCUGAAUAUAACGAAAUUCCCAUCAAAACCACGGAUGCACAAGAUAGAGGCCUUCACGCAUCAUGCAAUACAUUUUGUUUCAAAAAUGUGAAUAUUGAACCUGGAAUUCACCCUUCUUCCGACACCCAGUAAAACCAGUUGUUUGUUGUGAAAUUUUCAUUUGUUCAAUUUGAAAUCAUGAAUUAAUAAAACUGUGUACAAAAUUACA